AUGACGGAGCAGCUCGGAGCCGGGUGCGAGUCUCUGGCUAUAUCGAGCGCUGCCGCCGUGCCCGUCACGUUCCGGGCCCCGGGGCGGAUUCCUCUCGCUCCGCCCGGGGCCCGAGCGGGCACCAAGGCUGUAACAGGCAGGGACCGAGAGGGGAACGAGAAGGGAGCGAGGCGAAACAAGGCGAGAUCGAGGGGGACCGAGGCCGGCCCAGCGCCACUGGCCCCGGCCCCGGGCCCGCCCUCGACCCCCGGCCCUGGGCCCGUCCGUCACAAUCGGGUUUCGCGGUUGCCUGGCAACCGUGAGCGCCGCCAGCGUCUGUGGCGCUGCUGCGGCCUCAGUUGCCUGAGAGCGUGCUUCGGACUGGUUGCUCAGCCUGGACGCUGCCGGCGGCUACACCGAGCGAUUCGCCACGUGAAUUGUUCACGGAGAAUUGCUCUCUGCGAGCGAGUCCUGAAUUCGCAGAGAAUUGCUCUCUGCGAGCGAGUCCUGAAUUCGCGGAGAAUUGCUCUCUGCGAGCGAGUCCUGAAUUCGCGGAGAAUUGCUCUCUGCGAGCGAGUCCUGAAUUCGCGGAGAAUUGCUCUCUGCGAGCGAGUCCUGAAUUCGCGGAGAAUUGCUCUCUGCGAGCGAGUCCUGAAUUGCCUUUUGAAGGUGACUCCCUCUGCCUUCCAGAAGGAGAUGUCUCUCACCACCAAGCAGAGGCUGGCCAGAGCUAAGAAGCUGACUCUGCCUCAGAUUGUCCAGCCUCAAGCCAAACAUGAGACCUCCCAUCACAAGUCCUCGGCAACUGACCCAGAGCAGAGCUCAUUUCAGCCUUGCCCACCAGAGGUGGUGUUUCAGAACUACAGCCCUGGUCAGGUCUGUGAAAUACCAGUGCUUCUGAGGAACAGGGACAAGGUUCCUCAUCUGCUGAAGGUCACCCUGGAGAGCUUACCUUAUUUCAAGCUGGUAGGCCCCAAUGAUGUGUACCGCAAGGUGCCACCAGGCCUCUACACCACUGUCCGCAUCCUCUUCACCCCUGCAGAGAACAAGGAUUAUUUCCACAAGCUGGUCUGCAUCACUGAAAGGGAAGAGUUCAUUGUGCCAAUUCGGGCCAUUGGUGCCCGAGCCAUCCUGGACUUCCCUGACCAGCUGGACUUCUCGGAGUGUCCGGUCAAGUACAGCACCCAGAAGACUCUGCUGGUUCGCAACAUCGGUAACCGGGCAGCUCAUUACCAGCUGAGCACCCAGAGCCCUUUCUCUGUCAUUCCGGCCAUGGGAGCUCUGGACAUCGGCGACGCCAUGCAGGUGACAGUGGGAUAUGAGCCACUGAAGGCCGGUGACUGUUCCACGUCCCUUGUCGUGCACUACGACACAGGGGAAGACACCCACACAAGCCUUCAUGGGAGAGCUGUGGAUGUCGCCAUUGGGCUGGACAGGAACCGUGUGACAUUUGGGGAGACCUACAUCACACUGUCCAAGAGGACAACUGUGCGCAUCCACAACCUGAGUGAUAUCACAGCCCGCUUCCAGUGGAAGGCUGUUGAUACUCAGGGAGAGGAGGAGCUGAAGCUGAGGCGGUAUCACAGGCUGUGUCAGCUGGAAAAGGACAAGUUCCGUGACCUGGAGGCGUGCGGAGUGGACACCACUCGCCGAGAACUCUUCCCUAAUCUCAUCCGCAGGCUGCAGAGUGAGAAGGCAAAGGCGCAAGGAGAUCCCGUGCUGUUCAAAAACGACAUUUUCUCCAUUGAGCCAAAGGAGGGCGAGAUCAGGCCGAAUUGUUGGGCUGAAAUCAGCGUGUUCUUUAAGCCCCGGGAAGCCCGGGUCUAUGAGCAAGCAGGUUACUGUGACAUCUCAGGCCGUGAGAAGAGGCUGCCCCUGCACCUCAUAGGGGAAGGCCUCGGGCCCAGGCUCCGCUUCAGCUAUGAGGAACUGGACAUCGGGGAGGUUUUUCUCACAGCAAACCUCAGAUAUAAGACGAUCCUGUUAAACAGAGGGCUUAUUGCGGCUCCCUUCAGCCUCGUCCCUCCGACCACAGCCAUGGGCUCCUGCUUCACCUUCCUGACUCAGGAGGGCGUUGUGGCACCGAAUGGGCUCCAGGACAUCUCUAUCUCCUUCCAUCCCACCAUCCAGGGGGCGUUUGAGGAACGAUUCCAGUUCAGUGUGGCUGGAUCUCCUACACCUGCCAUCCUGACCAUCAAGGGUUUUGUGAUGGCACCGACUUUACGUUUUGAUGUGCCCGCCCUCCACUUCGGUGACGUCUCCUAUGGUUUUCCUCGCACCUUGAAGUGUCGCCUGUUUAACACCUCCCUGGUACCCCUGGACGUCAACCUCCACAUUCCUGGGGAUGGCCCCGGACAGCCCAGCGUUGAAAGCGCUGAUCAGAUGCUCAGACUAAAUAGCCAGUCUUGGAGGAAGGAAGCUCAAGGUGUUAUGAAGCCGAGGGAAUUUGCCAUAAGUCCCUGCAGAGUCGGUGUCCUUGCCCAGGGAUCUGCAGAUAUCCAAGUCACCCUGUGUUCCAACACCGUCAGAAACUACAAGCUGGAGCUGGUGGUGGACGUGGAUGGUGUUGGCAAGAAUGUGCUGGCACUGACCCUCACAGCCAGCACCAGCACACUGCCCGGCUGCAGCUCCAAAGGAGGAGCGUUGCUGAGUGAGCUGGAUCUGCCCGCCUAG